UUGGCGCGAAAUCAAUAGCAGCAAAAUUAGGCGUCAAAUUCCAGUUCCGGCAUCACUUUUCCGGUAGCUCAAAUCCAAUUCCGCCGGCGUUGUAUCUACCGGAAUCGGUACUAAUGUCGACCAGACGAGCUUCAAAGCGAAGACGUACUGUGCAGAAAGAAGAAGCAGAAGAUAGAAAAAAGCAACAAGUGGAAGAAGAAAUAGAAGCAGAGGUGAAUGGAAGUUCAAAAGAAAAGUCACCAGUAGUGGUAUUUGCUCAUGGUGCUGGUGCUCCUUCCACCUCAGAUUGGAUGAUCAGAUGGAAGGAUAUGUUGACCAAGGAACUGAACGCUGCUGAAGUUCUGACCUUCGACUACCCAUACAUGUCUGGUGGAAAGAGGAGGGCUCCUCCCAAGGCAGAAAAAUUGGUUGAUUUUCACUCUAAUGUUGUCAAAGAGGUGGCUGCUAAAUACCCUGGGCAUCCACUGAUCUUGGCAGGGAAGUCAAUGGGUUCAAGGGUUAGCUGCAUGGUAGCUGUUAAUGGCAUUGGUGCUUCAGCUAUCGUUUGCUUGGGUUACCCAUUAAAGGGUGCAAAUGGUGCAGCACGAGAUGAGUUGCUGUUACAAAUUGAUGUACCUGUUAUGUUCGUUCAGGGUAGCAAAGAUGGGCUUUGUCCACUCAAGAAGCUGGAAGCUGUAAGAAAGAAAAUGAAGUGUGUUAAUGAAUUAUAUGUGAUAGACGGUGGUGAUCACUCCUUCAAAAUUGGCAAAAAGCACUUGCAGUUGAUUGAGUCCACCCAAGAGGAAGCUGAAAAGCUUGCUGUUCAUGCUAUUGCAACUUUUGUUUCUAAUCAUGUGAAAGAGGGGUGAAGUGCUUAAUGGUUAGAAACGGUUGAUAGUUUAAAAUAUUUUGUCCAGUUUGCGCAAAGAUGAUUCGUGAAUGCU